CCAUUUAGAAAACGAAGAUGGUAAGUGCAACUAUUUGUUGCUGACAUAAAAUCCGUUUACAUCGGUUGAAUAGUGUGUUGUAUUUUUUAAUAUCCGAGUAAAGCGUAAACUAAAUGAAUUAAAGUGAAUAUUUAUCUCUAUAUGAUUUGUUAAAUUUAUUUCAUUUUUAUGAAGCAAGACAUACGGUUAAGAUGUGCGCGUAAAGGUUACAUUUUUAUAACGAACAGAUCAAUACUUCAUAUGAAUAUUUGCUAUAAAUCUAUUCACAGAAAUAAGUUUCUAGUGUGACAUUUGAUGAUUAUUAUAUUUUAAGGAAAUAAAAGAGAUAAAAUGGCUCGUGGACCGAAAAAGCAUUUGAAGCGUCUUAACGCGCCUAAAGCAUGGAUGUUAGAUAAACUUGGGGGUGUAUAUGCUCCACGUCCAUCUACGGGACCUCAUAAAUUAAGAGAAUCUCUCCCUCUUGUUAUUUUUCUUCGCAAUAGGUUGAAAUAUGCGUUGACUAAUUGCGAAGUAACAAAAAUUGUGAUGCAACGUUUGAUUAAAGUUGAUGGCAAGGUUAGAACUGACCCCAACUAUCCUGCAGGUUUCAUGGAUGUUAUUACCAUUAACAAGACUGGUGAAUAUUUUCGAUUGAUUUAUGACGUUAAGGGACGAUUUACCACUCAUAGAAUUACAGCAGAAGAGGCCAAGUACAAAUUGUGUAAGGUAAAACGUGUUCAAACUGGACCAAAAGGUAUUCCAUUCCUGGUAACGCACGAUGGAAGAACUAUUCGUUAUCCAGAUCCUUUAAUUAAAGUUAAUGACACCAUUCAUUUAGAUAUAGCAACAGGCAAAAUCUUGGAUUCUAUUCGAUUUGAUUCAGGUAAUCUCUGUAUGAUUACCGGUGGGAGAAAUUUAGGACGUGUAGGCACAGUUGUUAGCCGCGAGCGUCAUCCCGGUUCCUUUGAUAUUUGCCACAUUAAAGACUCACAAGGGCAUACUUUUGCCACAAGGUUGAACAACGUUUUUAUCAUUGGCAAGGGUACAAAGCCGUAUAUUAGCUUACCAAGAGACAAAGGUGUUAAGCUUUCGAUUGCUGAAGAGCGCGACAAGAGGUUAGCAGCAAAGGGAGUGAAUUAAUGUACAUUUGCAAGAAAAUAUCCAAUAAACCGAGAAUUUCUUGGUGAAUA